AUGGCCGCACCCCAGGAAAUCCCGAUUCCCGAACUAAGCGAGUCCAAGCCUCGGCCUUCCGACCGCGAACGAACCAAGGAACGGCGCUCCGAGCGCGAGUUCCCUCUGGACAUGGAGCCCCAGCCCGCCCCUUCUGAGAGAACCCGCCCAGAGCCAGAGCUCAAGCCCGACGGAGAUCGACCCCGUCGCUCCCGCCGAAAAGAGGGAGAGCAAGAUGACCCAGAGGCUGGUGAGAAGCGGGAGAAGCGCUCCAAGAAGGCGGAACCCCCGGAGGAAAUGCCUCGCCCGCGCCGUCCUCGCCAGCCGGAGGAGCCGCAGAAAGAUGAAGUGGAGCGCGGCGACUCGAAGGAAAAGCCACGCAAGAGUCGCAAGAGCCGUCCCGAGGGCCAGCUAGACGAAGACAAGGCAGACGAUCAUCGGAGUAGUCGUGCGGCCACCGAGGACCCGCCUGAAGGAGAGCAGCGGAAGCGCCCUCGCCGGUCCGAGCCCAAGUCGGAUGCUCAGCUCAUCCGGGCGGACACUCACCAGAGCGGACGAUCAGGAGUCGAACCGCCGCCGUAUAAACAGCCGCAAGACGACCCAGAAGCAUAUGACCACCAUAACCGAUACACCAAGAUCGCUCCCCUCCUCGACGAAGCGAGCAUGCGAGACAUGGUCCAGGACAAACCAAAGCAAAAGCCCGGUCGCCCACAGUCCUGGAAUGGGAGACUCGAGGACGAGGACACGGUGGUGAGAAACUCGGAGGAUUCCAUCACUCCCCCCGACAGUGGGCUGGGGGAGACGCAUUGUUGGGGACUAGAUUGUUUGGGCGGUGGUGCAGGGUGGCUUUCCUUGGUUCCAUGA